AUGGCCCCUCCUCCCUCCCGGGCUGCCGGGGCGGGACACGGCCGGGGCCGCCUCCUCCGGGGCCACCUACCCCGGCCCGGGCUACGGCCCGGGCCUAGCCCCCGAGCCGCCCCCUUCCCGCCCCUCCUGGCGCCGCGGGGGCCGGCGGCUGAGAUGGAGGCUGGCGGGGACCCUGCUGGCUCCCCCGAGGCUGAGGCGGCGGUUGCCUGUGAGGCCUUUCGCCUGCUGCGGAUCGAGCCCUCGGCCCUAGGCCCCGGCGCGGGGUCCGGGAGUCCCGCAGGGCUGAGCCCGCUGCCCCCACAGCGGAACGCGCUGCGGAAGCGGAGGCGCUGGGAGCGGGUGCUGGCGGCCCGGCGAGGGAAGCGGCGGCAGGAGCGGGAGCGGAGCCGGGCCCGGCGGGCCGAGGGCGCAGGGGCCGGCAGCCGGGCCGGCGAGAGGGCUGCGGCCGCCCUGGCGAGGGAGCGUCUGCUGGAGGCCCGGGUCUCGGGGCCCCGGCUCUGCGUGGACCUCGGCGUGGCCGACCGAAUGUCGCAGAAGGAAACAAGCCGCCUUGCCUCCCAGAUCAGGAGGCUCUACGGGGCAAACAGGAAGGCUCAGAAGCCGUUCUGGCUCUGUCUGACAGAGUUUGUGGAGGGCUCGUUGAUCUACGAAGAGUGUUUCCGCAUGAACGAUGGCUUCUCCAAUUACUUGAUGGAUAUGACUCCGGAAAGUUUCCUGGACCUAUUUCCUUUAGAUGCAAUUGUUUAUCUCACUCCUGACUCUGAGAAUGUCCUUGAAGAUAUUGAUCCUAAUAAAGUGUACAUCCUUGGAGGCCUGGUGGAUGAAAGCAUUCACAAGAAGCUGACCCUGCAGAGGGCACAUGAGCAGUCCUUGCAGACAGCCCGCCUGCCCAUCCGUGAGUACAUGGUGAAAACCAUCAGCACCAAGAACUACCACUCAGAGACACUGGCAAUUAAUCAAGUCUUUGAUGUCUUAUCAACGUACUAUGAGACCCGAAACUGGCCAGCAGCCUUGAAAGCUGGAGUUUCUUCUGGAAAAGGCUAUGUGCUUCCAGAUGCAGUGAAACAAGUGGAAGUACCUCAGCAUGACAAUGCACAAGAAAACUCUUUUAUUUUGUGAUGUUAAGGAGCUGUGCAGACAAGAGGCAAACUCAAACUAUCAAGCAGAAGAAACAGCAUGAAUGCCCAUAGUGAAAACAGCUCUGCUUAAAUCUUGUUUAAGGACCUCAUUGAGCUUGACACAUUCUACCUCAGCAGUACAAUGCUGGCAAUGACUUUUCCAUGUGAACAGGAAGAAAAGAGAAGCUGAUGGAGCCCUGGGGUCAAGUGAAAACUGACAGGAAUUCAGUUCUGCUUCUUUGCAGAUGCUUGCUAGUGUGUUUCUAACUCUUGCAUCAAAACUUGCUUUGGGACAGGAAGCAGGGUCUUAAGGUAUUUCUUUCAUUUUGAUUAA